AUGAGCGCACAGGGGAUUGAGAGUAUGGAGGCGAAGAGGAGGAGGGGGGAGAAGUCCGCCACCAGCGAAGGUGCCAUCCCUCUAGAGGUGCUGGACUGCGCCUUCUGCUUUGAUCCCCUCAGGCCUCCCGUCUUUCAGAAUGUUGAAGUGAAUCCAUUAGGGCCAGGAGAUAUAUUAUUUCUCCCUUCUAAGGGCGACAAUAUGAGGCAUUUAUCCUCCCAAUCAGUGUUGCAAGUCAUCCUAUCCAAUUUCUCAAAAUGUAGGGUCGGGCAUGUGAUAUGUUCGUCUUGCCAUCACAAGCUCCGGAAGAAGGACAAUUGCCAUGUGUGCGCCAUUACCGGAGGCUACAACCGCUGCAUCGCCUUCGACCACAUCCUCGAGUCUAUUAAGGUCUCUUGCUCCAACUCCAUCUAUGGGUGCACCAUCAAGACACACUACUACCAGCAAGAGGAGCAUGAGAAAUCGUGUCCGCAUGCGCCCUGCUUCUGCCCCGAACCUGGUUGCGGCUUCGCAGGCUCAACCGCCCAACUCCAGCGCCAUCUCACUGUCGAUCACAUGUUGCCCGCAACUGCGUUUGCGUAUGGAUAUUCUUUCACCCUUCAUAUGCAGGAAGGAAUGCGUGUUCUCCACAGGAAAGAAGAAGGUGGCCCCCUUUUCCUAGCAAAGUUCACGUUGGUGCCACCUUUCGGCAAUGCUAUCUCCAUCUUGUGCAUUCAUCCUCAUGUUGUGACAGAAAAUCAUAGAUUCGAGUGCGAUGUUGAUUUCUACAGCCGCACCAUGGGAUGGCACCAACAUUCAAAUUUCCAGAUCAUAAGCACGAAUCUCUCCAACGGGUUCCCAGGGGAGGAGGCCAGCUAUACAUUUGUUGUGCCAAAAAUUUCUUCCGACCCGCACACCACCACCACCCGCCUCCUCAUUCGCCCCCCAAAGAUAACCUGUCCCUAA